UUCUAAGUCGUCUGUCGGCAUACUUUUAAACAUUAGGUGUAGACCUAAAAGAGUUCAUCUAUUAAAUCAAGUUCAUAUUUUUGAAAGAAUGACGUUUCUUGGUUAUAGCUAGAAACUUCCACAGCAGGGAAAUAUAGUACAACGAUUGUACAUGAUAUACCCUUUGGUAUGACUUUGUUAAAGCUGUGUGCCAUAUUGGCAGUCACUAUGGUGGUAUUUUCCAACGCUAGGUAUAGGCCGCCUGCAGAUAUGAAUAUAGCACUGUCGGGUUCAGCAAACUACGCAGUACUGGGUCAGCGUUUUGCCUUUACUUGCACUGUGUCAAACGUGCCUUAUUUGAAUGCAUUUAUAGACUUCAUGACUGCCUCAAGUUAUAAAUAUCAUAGUAUGUGGCAGUCAAAUAAAACAUGCAAAGCAAGUCCAACCAGUAUGCCAAUCUGGGUUCAGAAAGGGUACUAUAGUUAUUGUGGAACUGGCACAAUGAAAGCUGAGAUGACAGUGAAGAAAUAUCAUUUUGUUAUAAAACGCGUGAACCUGUUGGACAAAAAGCCAUGGAGGUGUCAAGUUAGCACGCUUACAUCAAGGGAUUCAAGCAACAUAAUCUCUCUAACAGUACAUGCUCUUGACGUGUCCAUGUCCAGGAAGUCCUCUGAAUCUGUGCUGGGUCAUCCGCUGACUCUGGUCUGUAAACUGUCGCCCUCAGCCGGUUUAAAUGCUACAGUGCAAUUCUUCAAGAGAACAGUUAAAAGUAAGACUGUUGUUGGCUUGCUGCGACAGGAAAACUCGGAAUGCUCAGUAAUCAGUGAAACAACCAGAGGUUAUAACCCCACAUGUGGGACAGGAACAGAUCUUUCCGACUCUGAAUAUAAAGAUUAUGUUACGGAGAUCUCCCAAGUAACAUCCCAUGAUAACACGCUUUGGUAUUGUCGAGUAACAAACCCAGAGGCUGACCGCUACAUCACUAGCCGUCCUUAUCGUCUGACGUUAUGGCAUAAUCUCACUGCGUCCCUCUCCACGAGUCCACGUCAACCUGCGUAUAAGCAGAAGUUUACUCUGACCUGUACAUUGACAAACGCUGGUGUUAUUAGAGCUUCAGUCCAGUUCAGGAGGAGGAUUAGUGGAACUGACAGUGUUGUCGGCACGCUGCACCAGGUUGUCAACAACUGCACAGUAGCCGAUAACUUCAAAGGUUAUAAGGUCGGUUGCGGGACAGGAACAUUUCUCUACAGCUCGAGCAUUAAAGAGUACAGUGUGGAGAUCACCCAACUAGCACCCGAUGAUAAUGUAGAUUGGUUUUGUUUGGUACAAGACGAUGAAAGUACAAAUUCCAUCAGAAGCAACCAUUUUACACUAUGCAGCUUCAUUUGUGAACAUGGUGAUCUUCAAAAAGAUAUUUGCAACUGUAACUGUUCAAAAUACUGGACUGGAUAUAUAUGCGAAAUAUGCAGCUUACCGUGUAUACAUGGUGUUGUUGAUAAUAAAACCUGCUCUUGUGAUUGUCAAAAUCAUUGGACUGGAGAUAAGUGUGACAUAUGCAACUUAGAGUGUGACCAUGGUGAUGUCCAGAAAGAUACUUGCACAUGUAAUUGUCCAAAAUACUGGACUGGAGAUAAGUGUGAUGAUUGCAGCUUACAGUGUGCACAACAUGCCAUGGUUAUAAGCAGUAACUGCACAUGUGCUUGUGAAAAGUACUGGAUUGGAGAUACAUGCGACACAUGCACCUUAUCGUGUUAUCAUGGUGAUCUUCAAAGGGAUAAUUGCACGUGUGGUUGUCAAAAAUACUGGAUUGGAGACAAGUGUGAAAACUGCAACUUAGAUUGUGAACACGAAGGCACUCUUCAAAUUGAUUGUGCAUGUGAUUGUAAACAAUACUGGAGUGGAGAUACGUGUGAUAAAUGCGACUUAGAAUGUGAAAAUCAAGGCAAGCUUGAUGAUAAAAAAUGCAAAUGUGGUUGUGAAAAGUAUUGGACUGGAGAUGAGUGCGAACAAUGCAGCUUACGAUGUCGACAUGGCAUACUUGGGGAAAAUUGCGAUUGUCAUUGUGACAAAUACUGGUCUGGGGAUAGAUGCGACAAUUGCAGCUUAGUUUGUGAUAAUGGCAAUCUUCAAGAAUCUGACUGUACAUGUGAAUGUGAAAAAUACUGGGAUGGAGAUCGGUGUGAUGAAUGCGUAUUAGAAUGUCAAAAUGGAGCCGUCCUUGACCCAGAGAAUUGCACAUGUGGUUGUAGAAACUACUGGACUGAAGAUAAGUGUGAAAUAUGCAAUGCAAAAUGUCAACAUGGCUAUGUUCAAAUUAAUUGCACAUGUAGUUGUCAAAAAUACUGGACUGGAGAUAAAUGUGCUGAAUGCAGCAUAGAAUGUCAACAUGGCAAGCUUGACAAAGAGAAAUGCUCAUGUGGUUGUGAUAAAUACUGGAUUGAAGACGAAUGUGACGAAUGCACCUUACAAUGUGAACAUGGCAAGCUUGACACAGAUACUUGCACAUGUGGUUGUGAUAAAUACUGGACUGAAGAUAAGUGUGACACAUGCAGCUUAGAAUGUGAAAAGACUGGCAUCAUUGACAAGGACAGUUGCACAUGUGGUUGUGAAAAAUACUGGACUGGAGAUAAGUGUGAAAACUGCACCUUACAAUGUGAACAUGGCAAGCUUGACACAGAUACUUGCACAUGUGGUUGUGAUAAAUACUGGACUGAAGAUAAGUGUGAAAAAUGCAGCUUAGAUUGUCAACAUGAGGGCAUUCUUCAAACAUCUGAUUGCACAUGUCACUGUUCAGAAUACUGGGUUGGAGAUAAGUGUGACGAAUGCACCUUACAAUGUGAACAUGGCAAGCUUGACACAGAUAAUUGCACAUGUGGUUGUGAUAAAUACUGGACUGAAGAUAAGUGUGAUACAUGCAGCUUAGAAUGUGAAAAAUAUGGCAUGAUUGACAAAGAGAAUUGCAAAUGUGGUUGUGAUCAAUUCUGGAUUGGAGAUAAGUGUGAAAAUUGCAGCUUAGACUGUCAAAAUGAAGGCAUUCUUCGAGAAUCUGAUUGCACAUGUCAUUGUCAAAAAUACUGGAAGGGAGAUAAGUGUGAUGAUUGCUCCUUACAGUGUGAACGUGGUGGGUUACUUCGAAAAACUGAUUGCACGUGUUGCUGUAGAGAUUAUACGAGUGGAGAUAAGUGUGAAAUGUGUAGCCUACAAUGUGCACGUAAUGGCAGGCUUAGCGAAAGGAACUGCACAUGUGAUUGUGAUAAAUACUGGACUGGAGAUAAGUGUGAAAGGUGUAUGUUACAAUGUGCUAAUGAUGGCAAGCUUCAAUCAGACACUUGCACUUGUGAUUGUCAAAAGUCCUGGACUGGAGAUAAGUGUGAAAAAUGCUUAAUAACUCACUGUCUUAAUGGUGGUUCGGUCAGAACAGGGGAUUGCUCAUGUUUGUGUCCUCCAUACUGGACUGGAAAACAGUGUGAAAUAUGCGGCAUAGACUGUCAAAAUGAAGCCAUUGUCGAAGUUGGUUGCACAUGUCGCUGUCAAAAACACUGGAUUGGAGAAAAGUGUGAUAUAUGCAACUUAAAGUGUGAUCAUGGCAUUCUUCACGAAAAAAUUUGCACAUGUACUUGUCCAAAAUAUAGGUCUGGAGACCGUUGUGAAAAAUGCAACCUACAUAAUUGUCAACACGGUGGCUUCGUUCAAAAGGAUACUUGCUCAUGUAAUUGUGAAAACUACUGGGCUGGAGAUUUCUGUGAAGUGUGCAACUUAAAGUGUGAACAUGGAGGCACUCUUCGGAUCAAUACGUGUGUUUGUGAUUGUCCCAAACAAUGGACUGGCGUUGACUGUAAAAUUGUGAAUAUGGCUGGUCAUCAAAACACUUCAGUGCUUCCAGAGGUUUCAGCAUUUCGGUCUCCAGAGGGUGUUACUGGUAGUCUGGUUGGAGGUAUUAUAGCAGCCGUUGUGUUCACUGUGCUGUUGGUUGCUGCUGUUGCAUCCGCGUGGAUAGUUAUCAAGAAGAGAAGACAGAACCAUGGAGGUGGAUACAACGGAGACCAAGUUGUCAACCCUAGCUUCUCAAAUGACAUAAACUAGUACCCAAUACGAAAGACGAAUGGACAAACCACUACCAAUUUAACUGCGUCUGUCUUUUCCUAUGGAAAAACAAGCUUAGAUAAUAUUAAGAUAUUUUACAAUGUAUAAUUCUUUUCUGUAUCAAUUUCAAUGCUUUGGCCGUUAGACUGCAAUCAUGCAGUCAACAGCAUUUUCACUUCUGCUUUGACCCUGUUUACAAACAUCAUUCUAGUAUAUGUUAGGAAUAUUCAAAAUUAUAAUCAUAAGAAUAAUAAAUAACAAAUUUUUAAUGGAACAAUUUAUAAUAUUAAAAUAAAGUUAGCAAUAUCAUUUGAAGCUUUAUUAUCUGUGUAAUAGAAUGGAAUAAAGUAAAAACUGCAUGUUUGUAUUUGAAUGUAGAAACUGCUAUGCCAAAGCAUAAUAAUAUGGAUUGUUGAUAUUAUUUAAAUUUACAGUACUGUGACGACUUGCUGCUAUUGUUACAUAGUUUUUAACGAAACCAAAUUACACAUAAAAUGCAUAUUUUUAUUAGAAUAUUGGUGUCUAUAUAUUUAAUGUAUUUUGGGUUGUCAAAUAUGUUUGUGGUAGCUCCAAUAUUGUAUGAAAAGUGUCAUGCAGAAAUGGACUUUUCUUCUUGAAGUGCUUAAUGGAUAAUUUUCAUAUUUAGCAUCGGUGUUCACUAGAUGAUAGUCUUUCAACUGAAAACACCCAGUCCCAUGAAUGCGAUUGCCAGGGUAGGGUCAUUUAGAAUUUGGUAUAUAAAAAAAACGCUUGAAUGGAUUUAACUCUGAAUUAUUUAAUGGAUGGCUUUCAUAUUAGGUAUGGAUGUUCACCAAGUCAUGGUGCACAUCUUAAACCCCUGAGUGUGACACAUUGAACAGGUCAUGGUAUUUUAAGUGAAUGUUCAGUUUGGUUAAAGUUUCUCAAAUCGUCUUUUGCACUUAAAUCAUUUAAUGGAUGGCUUUAAUAUUUGCUGUUGCAUGGUGCUCACCAGUGUUAUUUAGAAGGUAGUAAAAGUUGUUAUUGUCAUUGUUGGUGAUGUUUAUUGUCUUUUUAAUGGAUGGCUUUUAUAUUAGGUAUAUAUGUCCACCAAGUCAUAGCGCACACCCAAAAUCCAUGAGUGUGACACAUUGAACAGGUCAUUGUAUUUUAAAAGUUAAUGUUCAGUUUGGUUAAAAUUUCUCAAAUUGUCUUUAGCACUUAAAUCCUUUAAUGGAUGGCUUUAAUAUUUGCUGUUGCAAGGUGCUCACCAGUGUUAUUUAGAACGUGGUAAAAGUUGUUAUUGUUAUUGUUAGUUUUUAUUGUAUUUUUAAUCUCAAUUAUUUAAUUGAUGACUUCCAUAUUAAGUAUGGAUGUCCACCAAAUCAUAGUACGCACUGUCGGCCCCAUGAAUGUGACACCAUGUGAAGUUCACGGUCAUUCAAAGUUGAACUCCAAUUUGUCUAAAAAUUUCUCUGAAACACUUAAAUCGUUUAAUGGAUGGCUUUCAUAUUUGUAAGAAAUUUUCACCAGCGAGAUAGUACAGUAUGACUCCAAAGAAAGGUCAAGGUUUUCUAAAACGUAACAUUUGGUUUAAGUUUUUCUAACUUCCUUUAGCUCUUGAAUAUUUUAAUAGACAGAUUUCAUAUACGGUAUGAGUGUUCAGCGGGUGAGUCUUUCUCCACUACCAGCCUGUGCCCUAGAAUGUCACGGUCAUUUUGGAUUUAAACUUAAAUGAAUCUGGUGUUGGACUAAUGCUGCCUGUCUAUUUAAAACAUUUUCUAGCAGUUAUUUGGAUUGAUUUUACUGUUCAGUCGUCAUGGCUUUGGCAAUUGCCAUUCUAGUUCAUGUAGAUAUUUCAAUAGACAAUCUCAGAUUAGAUUAAGAUGCUCUUUGUUUGUUCCAGUUUUUAACCUUUUUUUGUUGUUUUCUGGGGGUUUUCAAAUAAAUAUUUCAACUUAA